UCGCGUCAGUCGGGUUUCUGCGCUUGCCGGUGUUGGGUGUGCGUCUUCCUCGACUCUUAAAUUCGUGUCAUAGUUUAUUUAAAACUGAUUUUCAUAAAUUAAAAUAGCCCUAAAUAUAUUUAAAGUUAUUUAAGGACGUAGUGUAAUCUUUAAUAAGUGUGUUGAUUUUACGUCAAGUGUGUAUUAACCUCUAUUUAUUUUAGUGUUUAAAAAUAAGACGAUCUUUAAGUCAUUCCAAAGGCGCGCACCAUGGCCAAAACAGAGAAGUCAUUUCCAAGAAACUUUACAGGUUGUCUAACAUGCGUCCAAGUGUUGAAUAUAAUGGUCCUCCUGGGCUUCAUGUUGAACUACGCCCUCCGAGUGAACCUCACGAUUGCCAUUGUGGAAAUGAUUUACGAUGACAACGACAACCUCACUGCUGCCAUGAACAUCACCCACGGACCUCAUAACGUCACUGAGCACCCAGAACACAUUGAACAAACUCGUUACCACUGGGACACGAAGCAGAAGAACCACUUGCUUGGCUGCUUCUUCUGGGGUUACGUGCUCACAGAACUACCGGGCGGCAGAUUAGCAGAAAUCAUUGGUGCCAGGCGGGUGUUCGGCUACAGUACUCUGCUAGCCAGUAUCCUUACCCUACUCACUCCUGGCUCCGCAGCCAUCGGCUUUGGAUGGAUAGUAGCCGUUAGAGUCUUGCUAGGAUUCCUCCUAGGAGCGACAUGGCCAGCUAUCCUCCCCAUGGCAUCCAAAUGGAUUCCACCAAUGGACAGAUCGAAAUUCAUGUCUAAUAUGAUGGCAUCAUCGUUGGGCGCGGCGAUGACGAUGCCAAUUUGCGGCUUCCUGAUCGCCCAUUUCGGCUGGGAGUCAGCCUUCUACUUCACUGGUAUAAUCGGCGUGAUGUGGUCAGUAGCAUGGUUCGCAGUGGUGUACGACACGCCAGGCCAACACCCUCGCAUAUCGGAGACUGAGCGCAACUACCUCAUGAAGGCGCUGCCUCAGGAUAACAACAGCAAAGGGCACAUGCCAGUCCCAUGGAAGAGGAUGCUGCUGUCUCCUCCCGUCUGGGCUAUCAUCAUCACCCACGGCGCCUCCGUGUUCGGCUACUUCACGGUCGUCAACCAGCUGCCGAGCUACAUCGAGAGCAUCCUGCACUUUAACAUUAAACACAACGGUCUCCUCUCAUCCCUGCCGUACUUAGGCAAGUACCUGUGUGCACUCGCGUCUUCAGUGCUGGCUGAUUGGCUCAGGCGCAGCGGCAAGCUCUCCACCACGGCUGCCAGGAAACUCUUCACUGGAUUCGCUGUUGGACUGCCUGGUUUACUAAUGAUAGCCCAAGCAUACCUGGGCGGCGACCGCGUGUGGUCCAUAGCUAUCUUCACAUCGGCACUGACGAUCAACGGCGCGGUCACUGCGGGCUACCUCGGCAACGGGCUGGAUAUCGCGCCUAACUUCAGUGGUACAAUCUUCGGCAUGGCGAACACGUUGUCAUCGUUCGGUGGCUGGCUGUCUACAUUCAUGGUCGGAGAACUCACCAAGGAAAAUAACACCCCCGAACAGUGGAAGAUAGUGUUCUACAUUCUAGCCGGCACCUACAUAACCGGAGCCCUAUGCUUCGUGACCUUCGGUUCCGGGGAGCAGCAACCCUGGAACUCCUCAAAACCCACCCCCGACGUGGAGAAACCUCAUGAGGAACAACCCCUCAAUGAUGAGAAGGCGUGAAGAGUUGGAGGUGGGAGGAAGUCAGACAUGCUAAGGUGAUUUGAAAGUUGGUUAGAGGUAGUUCGGUCAGAGUUUUGAAGGGUUGUUAACCGAUUUCCCAAAAAGGAGGAGAUUCAAUUCGGAUGUUUUUUUGACAAUCAUGAUUGUAUUUCUGUACCAAUAGUGGAAUGUUCCAAGUUGAAUUAUAUUUUGGGACAUUUGGAAAUUCUAAUACCAACUGUAAUGGCAGGUAUAUAGAGGUUUUCAUCAUCUGCCUAGAAUUUUCCCAACUGUGUCGAGGUCAGCUUUCAAGGGGGAUAUUUUUUAAACUAAAAAAGACAAUUUCUCACACAGUUUUGAUACUUUUAUAAAUACUAAAGUCAAUAAUUAAGGUUCUUGUCGACUGGCUUGCAAUGACUUUGCUUAUAUGCAUAUCUAAUAUCACUUUAGUCUCCAAUCUCUCCAUAUAGACAAAGACCAGUUGACAAGCUACACUUUUGUCUAAAAAUAUACACUUUUCGAACCUUUUCACUUGCAUGUCUGACGUAGAAAUAAUGUUAGUUACACAUUGUUACAAUUUUCACGAAAAUCACAAAAGGAGUGGGCGAGAUUUGAUUCGCAAGAGUCGAUACUAGUAACAUUCUAUACACGUUGUUAUAUUGUCUAGGAUAUUAGCAGUUUUACAUUAAUCCACAUUAAAAAUCAAUACAAAGAAUCAGUGAUCAUCUCUCGAGCCUUUUCCCAAUUAUGUUGGGGUCGGCUUCCAGUCUAACCGGAUGCAGCUGAGUACCAGUGUUUUACAAGGAGCGACUGAAUAUCUGACCUCCUUAACCCUUAAAAUUUUAAAAUAUAAAUCAAGUAUAGGUAUUUCCAAAUUUAUUUUCUUGAAACUGCUAACAUCCUAGACGCCCAAUAAAAAAAAGGCAAAAGAAAUAAUUUUCCUACUUCUAAUAAAAUUACAAGUGAGAAAAUCAUUCCUUGUGUAUUGUUAAAAAAUGUAUUUAAAAGAAAUGAAAUAAAAAAAAAAAACUCAAAAAAAGGCUGUUUAGUGUGUAAUGAUGUAUAAUGUGAUGUAUUUAUAUAAUAUUUGAACCGGCGAGCCCUCGGACACUGAUGACGGAACGGUUCGAUGAAACCCGACUCACUUUUAGUAGCUAAGUUACAUGAAAUUAUGCGUUUGCGCAUUGAAAUUGUGUUGUGACUGACUUGUGUAGUGGUGGCGUCUUUAAGGAUAAAAUUAGAACAAGUUAGUUAAUAAUAGUUUACAUUUGGUUGGAUUUUGUUUAAAAGCAAUUUUUUGAUAAUAAAUUCAUAUUUUCCGCCAUUUUAAACCAACUAAGUUUGUAUCUGUUGGUUUCUUUUAGCCUUUGCAAUUUGAUCAAAUGACAUUUCAAAAUAGUCUCUUAACAUCUAUAUUUUUUUUCUGUAUCUAUUUAGUUUUUUUGAUGAUUAAGUUAAAACAGAUUGCUAUUACAUGAGUUAGUCACAACACAAACGUAAUAAAAAUAAGUUUUGUUGCUUCAACGCUUUUGGUAAUGCGAGCAUGUUAGACAAUUUGCGAGGUGGACGCGUCAACUGUGAACGUUACGAAAGAUUUAUCCUUAUUCAGUGUUUAUUAGAGAAAUUGAGUUUUUUCUUAUAGUAUAAUAUAGUUAAAACUUUGAGCAUUCAAUCUUCUACAGGUUUUUUUUAAAUGUAACUUAUAGUUUUGGUAAUCUCCGUACAAAAUGUUACACCAAGCUAGAAAUUAUUUGUUCAAUUUUACUUGUUUUUGCUCAUAAUUUUAUUGAACUCUGCAAACAUGCAAUUUUUAAUAGGAUUUCAAAACAUAUUGAAAGCUCAUAAUUUCUUCAAUGUUAACGAAUAUACUGUCUAAGGAUAAUAUUUGUGUAGGUACUCGUUUACAUUUGACUAUAAAACCAGUGUUAGUAUCGAAUAGAUUAGCUUACCAAAUUGUACUGAUAGAUGUAAGGUGAACGGAUCCGAUCCGGGGACCAAAGUUGAGGCCAACAAAAUUAUAAACUGUAGUUUUUUUGUCUGUAGUUGAGUUUAGAUUAUAAACUUAAUUAGCUUUUGAUGAGCUUUCUACUACGGAAAGUAUUUUCUGAGAAAAAGGUAGAAUACAAAUUAUUUCUAUUUCUUUUAUAUAUAGUAUUUUCUUCCCAUUAUAAGAUCUAGUAAGCUUUUCAUGCUUAUAUAACAUUUUUUAAAUCUUGAUUUUAUUUAGACCUUACUGUUGACUUCUAUUCAAAAGACAUUUUCAAAAUUAAAGUCUAUGCCUUAAAAUUUUGAAGUGCCUUCAUCCUUUACUCAACUACAGACAAGAAAACUUGGAAUUAAUUAUAAUUUGUAAGUAUUUCUCUUAAGUAUUUUAUUUAUUUUUCUACGUCGAAGGUUUAGGGAAAUUCAGAGCCAUUUAGCUAAACGGCGAAGUUAAGCUUCGCUCGCAACCGACCAUAGGCAAGUCUCGUUACUUUUUACCGUAAGAUAUAGAUAUUAAGAGUAUGAGGGCGGUCCCAUUGUGUUAUGGAUUGCAAAAUUAUUUUAAAAUAAUAUGCAAAAAAAUAAUAUCUAGUGAUUUUGAGCUCUCUGAUUUUUGUAGAGAAAUGUACUAAAUCAAGAUUUUUUACUUUUCCCUUUUUAAAUGAAAUAAUGAUCAACCCACAUUGCCAUGGGACUGCCCGCUAAGCCAUGUUCGCACUUAGCUUUAUUACAAGGGACGAUGCAUUGUUGUUUAUGCAUUUUAACAGCUGUGAUAAAGAGGUUUGUCUAUGGCGUGUACUAAGUAUAAUCCAUCCCUUAUAAACGUACGCUUUCCAAAUUCAAACAACUGUCAAAAACAAGAAAAAAACAAAUUCAUAUUUCGAAUGUUUAACGGCUAAUUGUAGUUCCUACGUUACGACCAGUAUUUCGUAAAGGUUUUGUUUUUCGUCCUUUUUUGUAUGGAAUAGAUGGAUUUUUUUAGAAUUAUUUUAUAAGAUUUCAUCAUGACAUACUUACAAUCAUUUUAAAGUAAUUUUUUUAUCACAAACAAUCUUGUACUUAGUUCAUAUGGAAUGAAAGUUCAUGAAUUUCUUAAGCUACAAAGGUCUUUUAAAAAGUCUAUCUAAAAUAUUAAGAACUGUAUUUAAUCUGUCUAUUCCCAUAAACAAUAUUUCCACAGACAACAGACCGUAUCCUUCCAACGAUUGCAGGGUAACUAAGUCCAUAGAGUACAUUUUAUAAACAAAAUAAUAAUUACGUAAGUUAGUUAGCUUGUCUGUGGAAACUUACGAUAUAUUUUAGUAUUAUUUGUAUUUUAUCAAGUAUGUAUUCAAAUAUCGUUUAAUUUUAGGUGUUUCUACAUGAUUUUUUCGCCUUAUUUAUGCAAAAUUUACCUUACUGAAAAAGACAGUUAAGAAUACUUAAGGCAGAUAUUAAAUUCAAAUCAUUAUUGGGUAAAAUCAACCGGUCGUGUAGAAAAGCCUUGUAAUAAUUAAAUGUACUUUAUCUUAUUGAAAAAUAUUAUUGCAUCAAAUAUUUUUAGUUAAAAGUUAUGCCCAGAUUAGUAAGUUUAUUUUUCAAGAUUAAUGUAUUAGCUGCUGAUUUAAUUUACAAUAACAUUGUUUUGGAUUUAUUUUUACCAUAUUAGUAAAAAUUUUACAUUACCUUUAAAUGAUUUUUCAAAAGCAACUCAGUGUACGUUAAAUAUUUUUAUGUAUUUAUUAAAUAAAGUAUUUUAAAAGUAACUGCUAUCGAAUAUGAGUUUUUCGAAUAACUGGAAAUCUCUUUUGAAAGUAGUUUUUAAGUUAAGCUAGUGAUGUAACCGUAUCACAACAUAAUUAUUAAGGGUUGUGUCAGAAUCGGAAUAUUUGUAUUCGAUUAUAGUGUGUUUGAAAUUGCUCAUUUUUAGUUUGAUAUUUUGUUUAAUAAACUUAUGGUGUAAUAUCUACCACAAAGGAGAUUCAUUAAAAUUGCAAGAAUAUAUAUUUUAAAUACUCUUUUCUAAAUAUCAAACUAAAAUGAUGUAAGUAUGAACGUCACUCAUAUUACAAUUAUAUUUAAAUACUGCAUAAAAAUGUUGAUAUCAAUUUUCGUAUGUAUGGCAAUAAAAUCAUAAACUUAUGUAUAGAAACUACUAUUUAUAUGUAUGAAGGAGACGAUUUCAAUGGAAUGAGUGUAAUGCAUGUGUUCAGUGAAUAUUAUAAGGCAAUAUUUAUGUAUUUUCGUAUAUAAAUGCAAGUAAAAGGCAACACUGCGGUUAUAAGUCAAAAGGGCGUAAGUAAUCGUCAGUCCAGAUACACAUACGCCCUUUUCACAUCUGACAGCAGAACUAUUUGUUACGUCUUAUGACAGCUCUGUAAUUUUGUGAACCAUUUUCUUUUUGAAAAUAAAGAUUUUACCAAAAUAA